UAUUUUUCUCCCAAGAAAAAAAAGGUUUCUGCUGCUGACCUUUCUCUUCGGCUUAGACAUCCCUCCAAUCGAUCCAUGUCUUUGCUUAAACCUUAACUUUUCCCCAAUCUGAUUAGGGUUUUUUUUUUGUUUCGUUCUCCGAGGUUGUGUCGCUUCUCUCGAUUUCUUGCUCUCUGCUCGAUUCAGGAGAAGAAUCAGCGAAUUGGAGAUUUGCACUGCUCUGUGCCACAAGUGGGAGGGAGCCAGAGAGAAAGAGGAAAAGAGAAGGUGUGGAAGGUAGGAUGAUGCUUUGAACAGUCGUGGUGGAGGAAGGGAAGGGAGAGAUGAACGUGAGCCAUGCAUCGGUUCAUCCUGUUGAAGACCCUCCAGCCACGGAGGCAGAUAAUGCGCCUCGGGUCAGGAUGGACAAUAUACAAGGCAUGCCAGGAACCCUACUUGGGCUUGCACUGCGAUUCUUCCAGUUUCUGUUUGCUGCUGCUUCACUCUGCGUCAUGGCAACCACGAGCGAUUUCCCUUCCGUCACUGCCUUUUGUUACCUAGUUGCAGCUGCUGGCUUACAGAGCUUGUGGAGUCUUACACUGGCAAUGGUCGAUGCCUACGCCAUUUUGGUUAAACGUUCACUGCAGAACCGCCGAGCCGUCAGCUUGUUUGCCGUUGGUGAUGGGGUUACAUCGACACUGACAUUCGCAGCUGCAUGUGCUUCGGCUGGAAUAACGGUCCUCAUAGACAACGAUCUCAACAGCUGCGCUCAAAACCACUGUGUUCAGUUUGAAACUUCAACUGCAUUGGCCUUCAUAAGCUGGUUUGCUGCUUUACCCUCUUUUCUCUUCAACUUCUGGUCUCUUGCUUCCCGCUGAGUUUCGGGAGAUGCAUAUGUAUGUAUGUAUGCAUGCAUGUAUGCAUACACUGCCGGUUGUGUGAAAAUAUUUUUGGUUGGUUCGUGUUCGUUCUUGGUUACAUUACAACUGGGGGCAUUGUUGGUGUUUUCCGUGUAUAGUUUUGGUGAGAUUAGGACGGAUUAGAUGAUGACGAUGAUGGUGAUGAAGGCCUCGUCGAAAAAACAUGGCGGUGUUAUUCGGAUAUUUAUCUGUUUUGAGAUUCUUCGAAAACCAGUUCCUGUGGAACUGAAUUGGCUUUGAGCAGAUCAAA